AUGGACGGCUACAAGAGCCAGUGUUCUCAGAGCAUCCAACGCCUCAUCCUGUUGGUGUUUGACCCCUCCACAGGACUGGUGUGUAACAGGACGUUUGACCAGUAUGCCUGCUGGCCAGAUGGACUUCCUGGAACAACAGUCAAUGUUUCCUGUCCAUGGUACCUGCCCUGGUACCGCAAAGUCCAGCAGGGUGUGGUGUAUAGAGUGUGCAGUGGGGACGGACGCUGGGCCCCAAAGAACACCAGUGAGUGUGAGCAGGACGACCCAGGACAGCAGCACUAUGGUAGCAUCCUCAGUAAGUUCCGGGCCAUGUACACAGUGGGCUACUCCCUCUCCCUCGGAGCCCUGGUACUGGCUUUGGGCAUCCUGGUGUCAUUCAGGAAGCUCCACUGUAUGAGGAACAACAUUCAUAUGAAUCUGUUUUCCUCCUUCAUCCUGCGUGCUGUCUCCAUCCUGAUUAAAGAUGUCCUGCUAGACUCCCUGUCCGUCCCCCUGGCCCCCGGGGCUGACACCCACCAUCAGACGGUUGCCGGGUGCCGUAUCGCCAUGGUGAUGAUGCAGUACAGCGUCAUCGCCAACAACUAUUGGCUGCUGGUGGAAGGCAUCUACCUGCACAGCCUCCUGGUCGUCACUGUGUUCACUGAGAGGAACUACUUCGGCAUCUACCUGUUUAUCGGCUGGGGUGCUCCUCUGAUAUUCGUGUUGCCGUGGGUGAUAGUCAAAUACCUGUACGAGAAUGAAGAGUGCUGGGAGAGGAACAUCAACAUGGGUUACUGGUGGAUUAUACGUUCUCCCAUCCUGUUAGCUUACCUGAUGAAUUUCUUUAUCUUCAUCCGGAUUAUAAAGAUCCUGAUGUCGAAGCUCAAGGCCCAUCAGAUGAGAUACACAGAUUACAAGUUCAGGCUGGCUAAAUCCACUCUGACCCUCAUCCCUCUGCUGGGUAUUCACGCCAUCCUCUUCACCUUAGUCAUCGAUGAGUCCGUCCCCAAAGGUUCCAAGAUGCGUCUCAUCCGCCUCUUCUACGACCUCCUCUUCAACUCCUUCCAGGGCCUACUGGUGGCCAUCUUGUAUUGUUUCGUCAACAAAGAGGUCCAGUCUGAGAUGUUGAAAAAGUGGAAGAGGUGGAAGCUGGGUAAAGACAUCGAGGAAGAGUACCGUCAUACAUACAGCCACGCGCCUCAUGUCAAAAGCGGCAGCAUCGUCACCGGCAACCUGGCCAGUGUCCAAGACAACAGCAGCGACCAUAAAGACUCACAGUUGACCCCAACCCCGACUACGACCCAGAUCCUAACCCUGCCUCAACCUCCAUCACCCCCAAUGAGAGCAGUAGAUUG